AUGACGCAAACGAUCGGCUUCGUUGGGUUUGGCAACAUGAACUCCACCAUGGCCGAGCACGCUAUCAAGGCAGGCUACCGUGUCAUUUUGAGCAACUCCAGAGGUCCAGCCUCUCUGUCCGCCGCUGUCGCGAAGCUGGGACCUCAAGCAAGCGCAGCAACCGUCGAAGAUGCAGUGGAACGAAGUGACAUCGUGUCGGUCUCUAUCCCUUUGGAGAACGCCUUCCAACUCCCCGUCAAGGCGUUUGCUGGGAAGAUUGUCAUCGAUACGAUGAACUACUACCCAGAGCGGGAUGGAUACUUUGAAGAGCUCGACAAGCGUCUCUACACGACCAGUGAACUAGUUCAGUGUCACUUGGAAGGCUCCAGCAUGGUUAAGGCAUUCCACAACCUCGACCAGUUCCAUUUCCACUACGGGCCUCGACCUGAGAACGACCCCGAGCGCUGGGCACUCCCCAUUGCAGGUGAUAACGCCAACGCUAAGGAGGAAGUGAGUGCGUUUAUGACUACCAUCGGCUUUGACCCUCGGAUCCAGCAGAACACGCCACUCAACUGCACCCCGUACAUCGGCAAGCUACCAGAAAAUGCUUCACCUCGCGAACUGUACGAAUGGGUCAAGCAAGAUCACACGCAGGUGGUCAAGGCAGCGGAUAUUCGAGCUUUGGCUACUACGGUGGUGAACUCAGGCCGUGUCGGACAGCUCUUCUCGGAUUUUCCGUCAAAGUACGGGGAGCUGUUCUCCAUGAAGUUCGAGGAGUAG